GCCAAUCCGAAAAUGAUGUGGCACGUGUGUAAAGCGAAAAGUAAAAUGAGAGAAGCAUGGAAAAAAGGGCACGGCACGCCCGAGUCGGAGUAGGGGGGUUUGCCAUGCUUGUCCGUGAGAGGGGUUAAGGUUAAUGAAUUCAAUCAGUGCCUCAUUUCAUGUCAUGCUUUUUUAACUUACUCACAAACAAACUCACUCCUUCUUUCUUUCCUUUGUCUUCUUCGCCUCUUCGCCGCUUCGCCUCUUCGCCUAACCGAAUGGCCACCGCUUCCACCACCUGAUCCACUUCUCCUUUUCAUCUUAUUUUGAUCCGUUCAUACGGGGAUAGAUGAUGGAGUCCUGUGAUUGUAUAGAUACGCAGUAUCCGCCGGAUGAACUUCUUGUCAAGUAUCAGUAUAUCUCGGAUGUUCUUAUUGCUCUUGCGUAUUUUUCGAUUCCGGUGGAGCUCAUCUACUUUGUGCAGAAGUCGGCUUUCUUUCCGUAUAGAUGGGUGCUUAUGCAGUUUGGUGCUUUUAUUGUCCUCUGUGGAGCAACUCAUUUCAUAAACCUGUGGACGUUCUCUCCGCACUCCAAAGCUGUUGCUGUGGUCAUGACGAUUGCCAAAGUGUCUUGUGCUAUCGUGUCUUGCGCGACGGCUCUGAUGCUUGUGCACAUCAUUCCUGAUCUGUUGAGUGUCAAGACGCGUGAACUGUUCCUCAAGAACAAGGCUGAGGAGCUUGACAGGGAGAUGGGACUUAUUCUUACUCAGGAGGUGACCGGAAGGCAUGUUAGAAUGUUGACUCAUGAAAUUAGGAGCACACUUGACAGACACACAAUUUUAAAGACUACUCUUGUGGAGCUGGGGAGGACUUUGGGCUUGGAGGAAUGUGCAUUAUGGAUGCCUUCCAGAAAUGGUCUGAAUCUGCAGCUGUCCCAUACUUUAACCUACCAUGUUCAAGUUGGCUCUACAGUGCAAACGAACAAUCCUAUUGUCAAUGAAGUUUUCAACAGCCCUCGAGCUAUGCGGAUACCGCCCACCUGUCCACUUGCCCGGAUCAGACCUCUUGUGGGAAGAUAUGUGCCGCCUGAAGUUGUUGCUGUUCGGGUGCCUCUUCUAAAUUUGUCCAAUUUUCAAAUUAAUGAUUGGCCCGAUAUAUCAGCGAAGAGCUAUGCAAUCAUGGUUCUCAUCCUCCCUACUGACAGUGUUAGAAAAUGGCGAGACCAUGAGUUGGAACUUGUUGAUGUGGUUGCGGAUCAGGUAGCAGUUGCCCUUUCUCAUGCUGCUAUUUUGGAGGAGUCUAUGCGAGCCCGUGAUCAACUCAUGGAGCAGAAUGUUGCUUUAGAUUUGGCCCGUCGUGAGGCAGAGAUGGCAAUCCAUGCUCGCAAUGAUUUUCUUGCCGUCAUGAAUCAUGAAAUGAGGACACCAAUGCAUGCAAUCAUAGCAUUGUCGUCACUUCUCUUGGAGACUGAACUGACUCCGGAGCAGAGGGUUAUGAUAGAGACAGUGUUGAAGAGUAGUAAUGUUUUGGCAACACUCAUUAAUGAUGUUCUAGAUCUUUCUCGACUUGAAGAUGGUAGCCUCGAAUUGGAAAUGGGCAAAUUCAACCUUCAUGGUGUUUUGGGAGAGAUUGUUGAACUGAUAAAGCCAAUAGCAUCUGUGAAAAAAUUACCCAUUACUUUAAUUUUGGCUCCUGAUCUGCCUACGCAUGCCAUUGGUGAUGAAAAGCGGUUAACACAAACACUUCUGAAUGUGGUGGGUAAUGCUGUGAAAUUCACUAAGGAGGGUUAUGUUUCUAUAAGAGCAUCUGUAGCAAAACCAGAAUCUUUACAAGAUUGGCGACCUCCAGAGUUCUAUCCAACAUCAAGUGAUGGUCAUUUCUACAUUCGAGUCCAGGUUAAGGACUCUGGAUGUGGGAUUCCCCCACAAGAUAUUCCUCAUCUCUUUACCAAGUUUGCUCAGUCUCGGAGUGGACCAGCCCGACCUAGCAGUGGUGCAGGUCUUGGACUUGCAAUUUGUAAAAGAUUUGUAAACCUCAUGGGAGGUCACAUAUGGAUUGAGAGCGAGGGCCCUGGCAAAGGAAGCACAGCUACAUUUAUUGUCAAACUUGGGAUUUGUGGCAGUCCAGAUCCAUCAGAUCAUCAAACUACAAACAGAAGCCAAGCAUACAGUGGAAGUGGUGGCCUCGCCAGAUUUAAAGCUUUCAUCAAAGAUGAAGACGACAGUGGUUUUUCUACUCGGCGCAAUCAAAGAAGUUUCUAAUAUCCAAGACAGCAAAAUUGCAUACCUUCCAAUCGUAGUCGACAAGAUGGAGUAAGCCUACUCAUUAUGCAUGUACUAAAUUGGGUAAUUUACAGUUUGCAGCUGUAGAUUAGGAUUACUAUGUCAGGCAUAUUUCUAACAAACAGUUUUCAUCCGAACUCCUGCCGUAUUUUAACUAGAAUACAAUACAUGGAACAAAGUUCAGAUAUUGCGUUAGUGGCAUUUAUCUAUAAAAGUGAAAGUAUCGAUAUCAGUUCUUCAUCUCUCA